GAGAUCUGCUUCUCCUUGCUCUCAGGUCUGGCAGCUUUUCUCCGUCCCGUCGAAUCCAGGUUUCUCGCCAUUCGCAGCAAGAUUCCCGUGGUUCAUUACAACAGAGCGGGAUCUGACCUGGUCUAGUCCUAAAUAGCCGGCCUGAUCUCGACUGACAAGUUUCGUUUCCUAAAUCGCCCGACUCGCGUGCCUGACGUUACUUUCAAGCUUCAACGAUGGCUGUCUCUGGAAUGGGAGACGGUCGCCUUCCUGGGGGCGAUCGGCUUUUCAAUGAAGCUGCGACGGAGGAGAAGGGCGAACGCGCCAGACUGUCGUCGUUCGUGGGAGCCAUGGCCAUCUCCGAUCUCGUCAAAUCGACGCUUGGGCCCAAGGGAAUGGACAAGAUUCUGCAGUCCACGAGCCGAGGGGGCGGACUGAUGGUCACGAAUGACGGAGCGACCAUUCUCAAGGCUCUUCAUAUCGACAAUCCUGCUGCCAAAGUUCUUGUUGACAUCUCCAAGGUGCAGGACGACGAGGUGGGCGACGGCACGACGUCGGUGGUGGUGCUGGCAGGGGAGCUGCUGAGAGAGGCGGAGAAGCUGGUCACGGCGAGGAUUCACCCCAUGACCAUCAUCUCAGGUUACCGCAUGGCCCUUGACUGCGCACGGGAGGUGCUAAUCAGCAAGAGCAGAGACCACAAGGAUGAUCCGGCGAGGUUCAGGGAGGAUCUGCUGCGUAUUGCCAAGACGACCCUGAGCUCCAAGAUUCUGUCGCAGGACAAGGAGCACUUCGCCACCCUGGCAGUGGACGCGGUGCUGCGCCUCAAGGGCAGCACCAACCUGGAGGCCAUCCAGAUCAUCAAGAAGGCGGGCGGGGCGCUGUCAGACUCGUAUCUGGAUGAAGGAUUCAUUUUGGACAAGAAGAUCGGAGUCGGUCAGCCGAAAAGAAUCGAGAAUGCUAAGAUCCUCGUGGCGAACACAGCGAUGGACACAGAUAAGGUCAAGAUCUACGGUGCGCGCGUGCGCGUGGACGGGAUGGCGAAGGUGGCAGAGAUCGAAGCGGCCGAGAAGGCCAAGAUGCGGCAGAAGGUGGAGCGGAUCAUCUCGCACGGCAUCAACUGCUUCAUCAACCGCCAGCUGAUCUACAACUUCCCCGAGGAGCUCUUUUCCGACGCAGGGGUGAUGGCGAUCGAGCACGCGGACUUCGAGGGGAUCGAGCGGUUGGCGCUGGUGACGGGCGGCGAGAUCGCGAGCACGUUUGAGGACCCGGCCGGGGUGAAGCUGGGUCAGUGCAAGCUGAUAGAGGAGAUCAUGAUUGGGGAGGACCGCCUGAUUCGAUUCUCAGGGGUGGCCAUGGGAGAGGCAUGCACCAUCGUGCUCCGAGGAGCCAGCUCGCACGUGUUGGACGAGGCGGAGCGUUCCCUGCACGACGCGCUGUGUGUGCUGACAGCCACAGUGGCGGACAGCAGAGUGGUGUGGGGCGGGGGCUGGCCCGAAGUCAUGAUGGCCACCCGGGUGGAUGAUUUGGCUCGCCGCACUCCAGGCAAGCGUGCUCUAGCCGUGGAGUCGUUUGCGUCGGCCCUGCGUGCCAUCCCCUCCAUCAUCUCCGACAACGCUGGCCUCGACAGUGCCGAGCUGGUGGCGCAAUUGAGGGCCGCUCAUGCGGAUGAUGCUAGCCGGGCGGGCAUUGACGUCAUCACGGGGCAGGCCGGGGACAUGGAGGAGUGUGGCAUCUACGAGUCACUCAAGGUGAAGCAGGCCGUGCUGAUGUCAGCAACAGAAGCAGCAGAGAUGAUCCUGCGUGUUGAUGACAUCAUCACCAAUGCUCCCAGGAGGCGUGAGGAGAGGAUGUGAGAAAUGCUUUCGAUUGAGACCAUCUCACAACAUGCUUCCAUACAAGAAAAGGAUUCCCUUAAACAUGAAAGCUCUUACCUAUGGUUUGACUGGGGUAGCUGAGGCUUGUUAGUAGAUGGCUGACUUAGGCUGAUUUGUAGUGGGAAAAUACUGUAGUGUACCUGCUCAAAUUUAUUGCCACCACCUGUGGAGGGGAUUGGAUUCAGCUUUCCACUUGCGAGAAAUUACUGACAAACCG